AACACUUGUUAAGUGCUGCGAUCUCUCUCAGCUUUGGUACCGCGAAUUUUUCUUGGAGAUAGCCAACGGAACUCGCAUCCAGUUUCCAAUCGAGAUGAGUUUGCCCUGGAUCCUAACCGACCACAUCUUAGAGACCCACGAUCCCGCCUUGAUGGAAUCUCUGCUCUACCCUCUGGACCUCUACAACGAUGCAGCCGAUUGUGCCUUGAACCGCUUCCACAGACGCUUUUUCUUCGACGAAAUUGAGGCUGAAGCUAAUCUUGUGUUUGAUCAGCUUGUCUACAAGUUGUCUGAUCAGUUGUUCAGGUACUACAAGCAGUACGCUGCCUCGAUCUUGCUCGAUAAGAAGUUUCGGAUGGAGGCGCAAAAGGCUGGCUGGCGAGAACCCUAUCCACAACCGAAUAGAUACGCUGCUGCAUUAAUUCGUCAACGCAGCGUUCAAUUACUGGGGCGUUCUAUUGAUCUUUCCUACCUUUUGUCCCAGAGAAUAAACAGGGCUAUUACGAAAUCAUUGGAAGAGGCAAUCCAACGCUUCCUGUGCUCCGAUAUAACCGCAGUUGUGGAACUGGAGGCCUUAAUAGAAUGCAACCGCCUAUGUCAUCGGAUGCUCGCUGAAUAUUUGGAGCUGGAUGACUUUGAUGGGAUGUUACAGGAAGCAAACAAUCUUGUCACAUCGCCUCUAAGCAAGAUCGCCUUCCAUGUAUUUUGGGAGGUUACUUGGGACUUGGUUAAAAAUUACUGUUACAAUGGCUCCACCAAUAGGUUUGUCCAAACAAAGUUUGCUCUAGCCGAGACACUCGAGCGCGAGAAACCCUCGCCCUGUGCGCCCGAGUACUUGUGGGGCAGUAAGAGUCUCAACUCCUGCUACGAAGCCAUUUUUCAGCUCUGUCGGGGUUUUAUCGGUGCUCCACACUUCUCGGCAAUCUGCAGGCUCCUUGGUUACCAGGGCAUCUUCAUCAUCUUUACCGAAAUCAUGAAAUUCUGCAAGUCUCUUGUA